UUAUUUUUCUUCUCAUUUUAACAUUUUGAAGUUUCAAAUUAUUCUGAAACCUUCUCUCUUUCUCCGGCGUCUUCUUCCUCCUCUGCUCUUCCCAGUAAUCGUUUGAUUUUUCUUAGUUCCUUUGGAUCUCCCUGUAACCCUAGAGAAUCACUUGCAUUCCCUUUCUUCUUUCUCUGAUUUUCCAAAAUCUAUUCAAAAUACACUAUCUAAACUCGUCGUGUUUCUUCCUGUGAAAUGUUUACCCCCGAGAAUUCUCUCUCCAGUGAGUGAAAAAAAUGAACAUAUUUCGACCCCGAGAUAAAUGGCACACAUCUCCUCGCCGCCAAGGAAAGAAACAUAGUCAUAAACUUAAGUCUCCAAGGUCAUCUUCUGAGUUUACUUCUCGCCAUUGUGAAGCUCCAAGUGAUAACAAGUUGCAACAAGACUCUGCACAUCAAGGCGCUGGAUUACCAAUGAAGAGUUUGUUAGCACAAGAAAUGUCAAAGCAGAAAGAAUCUAAAAAGAGAUCACCAAGCAUUAUAGCAAGACUGAUGGGUCUUGAUGUCUUGCCAUCGUCUCAGAGUUCCUCUCAUAGGCAACACAAGUCUAUGGAGAAUCAGGAGAAGCAAGGUAGGAGUGGUGAAGGCAGUUCUUAUAAAUCUCUAGCAAGGAGCUCAAAGGGUGGUGAGCAAAAGUUUAAAGAUGUUUUCGAAGUUUUGGAUGCUAAAAAGGCAGAGAGCAAUAGAAACUUGUAUCACCAAGGGAAGGUGAAUGCUGCUAAUCUCACCCAGGCAGAGAUGGCUUUUAUAAGGCAGAAGUUCAUGGAAGCUAAGAGGUUAUCAACUGACGAGAAACUUCGUCAUUCUAAAGAGUUUAACGACGCGCUUGAGGCUCUAGACUCUAACAAAGACCUCCUACUCAAGUUUCUUCAGCAACCAGAUUCAUUGUUCACUAAACAUCUGCAUGAUCUUCAAACCACACCUCACAAGAAGUCUCCAAACAGCCAGAGACAUGUUGAUAGUCACAGUCAUCGGCAUGGUGGUGGUGGUUGUCAUAGCCAUUCUCAUACUAGGCAUGCUUCUUAUGACACACUUGAUUUACAGGCAACCAAUAUUGUUGUUCUAAAACCUAACCAUGGUGAGCCACGUUAUGUUAGUAGAGCUUUUGCAUCGCCAAGCUCUUCUUCUGAUGAGUUCAGAGCAGAUCGUAGGCUUCCAUGCACCAGCAAUCAUAGCAGGCAGAAAAGUAAUGAAGAUAUCCGCCUCUCAAGACAUAGUUCUAGAGACUCCGGAGAGUUUUCCAAAAUAAUGUCUAGGCAAAGGAAGGCGAGCCGUGGUAAUGGUAGUAGUGUAACGAGCUUUGAGACAUCAGGAUUCAGAGGAUAUGCAGGUGAUGAAAGCUCAUCAGGGAGUGAUUCUCCAAGUGAAUCAGAGCUAAUGCCAGUAACUUCAAGAGCAAGAGCUGCCUUUAACCGUAAGAACUAUCAUCGGUCUUCGCCUUCCAAGUCAUCAACAACAUCAUCUGUGACCAGGGAAGCCAAGAGGAGACUGUCAGAGAGAUGGAAGCUGACACACAAGUAUGAGGAAGAGAUCGAAAUUCGUAGAAGCGGGACAUUAGCUGAAAUGCUUGCAGCUUCAGAUAGGGAGGCAAGGCCAGCAAGUUUUAAUGGACUCAUUUUCGAAGAGGGGAUUAGUAAAAGAGUUGAGUGGACUGAAUUGCCAGAACCUGUUGGAAUCAGCAGUAGGGAUGGUUGGAAAGGAUUAUCUUCAAGAAGUUUCUCAAAAUCCAAAACCAUCAUGAACCAAGAAAGCACUUAUGGUUAUACGAUAGUGCUUCCUAAGGAGUUGAACUAUGGAGAUGGAUUAGUGAAGGGAAGCUCUUCUCAUCGCGGUGAGUCCCAGUCUUACUUGUCAAGCAAAUCUUCUAGACCUGGUAGUUAUAAAUCUCAUUCACCAUACAAUAGUUCACCAGAGGUGAACAUGAGCCCAAGUUUAACCAAGUUCCUUUAUCAAAAAGAGAAGCUCUCUCCUUCUAAAUCACGUUACAGUUUCUCAGUAGACACUGAGGAUGAUAGUUCGGCUUCUGAUGAUAUGAAGACGGCAAUGUCUUCUGAAGCUCCGGAUUUGUCAACUGUCACCUCGUUAACUGACCCUGAUAUCUCAAGGAUGCGAACUGAGGAUGUGAAUCAUUCUUUGGUUCCUGAGCCACAGUCUCGUGAAAGCUCAAAGGAAGGAGAUCAACCAAGUCCGGUUUCAGUUCUAGAAGCUUCUUUUGAUGAUGAUGUUUCUUCGAGUUCUGAGUGCUUUGAGAGUGUUAGCGCCGAUCUCCAAGGACUCAGGAAGCAACUACAGCUCCUAAAACUAGAGUCAGCUGCUUAUAAUGAAGGUGGCAUGCUCGUUUCAAGUGAUGAAGAUACAGAUCAUGUGGAGUCUUCAACAAUAACUGAUGAGAAUUUGAUCAGAGAGGAGGUUAAAGAAGAAGACUGGAAGUCACAAUACUUAGUUGACCUCUUAGCCAACUCUAGGUUCGGUGACUCAGACCACACCACUGUCGUGGAAACACCUGUAGACUCAUUCUUGUUUGAGGAUCUUGAGAAGAAGUACUCCAGCGUUAAAACCUCCACCCGGUUGGACAGAAAGUUCCUUUUUGAUCAGAUCAGCAGAGAGCUUAUGCAGAUAUUGAAGCAGUUUUCGGAUCCACACCCUUGGGUCAAACCCACAAGGGUCUGCCAGAAAUGGGAUACAAACAUGAUACAAGAGAGACUACGCGAUUUGGUGACAAGAAAAGACGGUAAGCCAAGCAAAGAUGAUGUGGAGUUGCAGUGGCUGAGGUUAGAAGAUGACGUUGAAAUCAUAGGUAGAGAGAUUGAGGAAAUGCUGACAGAUGAACUAUUAGCAGAGCUUGUAAUAGAUGCAAUCUUCUAGAAAGUUAAAUAAUAUUAUCUUUUACAUACCUUUGAAGAAUAAAAACAGGAAAGCAAUGUGUAAUAACUGUUCAAUCAUAUGAGGUGAUGAAUAA